AUGGUUCACGGUGGUUUAAACAAGCGGCGCGUGAGGGUUAACCCCCCGAGCCGUCGAUCCACCGCCAAGAAAUUCAAACCUCCGGUGUCACUCAAAAACCAGAUUAGAUCUGCCGAGCGCAUGCUUCGAAAGAAUUUACCAUUGGAAGUUAAAGCAGCACAGGAGCAGAAGCUGGAAUCACUGAAGAAACAGCAGGAGGUUCACACCCGCCUAGCUUUGGAACGGAAGCUAUUCUUACGCGACAAGAAGAUUAAGUUCUUUGAGAGGAGAAAAAUUGAACGGAGAAUUAGACGUCUAGAGAAGCUUCAGCGGGCUUCGUCUUCUUCUUCCCCUGACCAGCUUGCAUCUCUUAAACAUGAUCUUCAAUAUGUUAUGUACUUUCCCAAGAAUGAGAAAUAUGUUCCUUUAUUUUGUGGAAGUGAUGAUCAAGAGAUAGUUGACAAGCGAAAUGGUCUGCGCAAACAGAUUGAAGAAAGGUUAUCUGCGGCUGCUGCAAGUGGCAAGGAUUUAGAAGAGACUGGCAGUGAGGAUGACGGGCUUUUAGAUCUCAGUGAUGAUGAUUUUUUCCUUGCUGGAAGUUCUAGUGAUGAAGCUGACGCAGAUGAUGAAUUGACAGACAAAAGCACCAGAGAGCAGGCUUCUAGUGCUUCUGGAAAAGCUGUGUCUGGCAUGUCCAGUGAUGAAAAAAAUCAGAGGCAGAUUUCUGCUAGAACUUUGAUGCCUCCUCCCCGCCCUUCAAACAAGAUGUCAAGAUUUGGAUCAUCUUCAGGCCAAAAUUCAUCUAAACAGAGAUCUGAGUUUUCUACAUUCAACAACACAUCAAACAACAAAAGCAGCUCAGACUUCAGAGCAAGGGAAAGGUUUGGAUCAUCUUCAGGUCAAACUUCAUCUAAACCGAGAUUUGAGAUUUCCACAUCCAGCAACACAUCAAACUACACAUCAAACAGAAAAAGCAGCUCAGACUUUAGAGUAAGGGAACCUUCAAGAUCAGGGACUGGUCAUGGAAGUAGUAUAAGCUCCAACUCUGACGCUCACAAGCCCCGGAGAAAGAGAAGACCUAAGAAGAAGAAGCAGGCAUGA